GGAAAACAGAAGCGGAAGUGGAGCUAAUCAACAUGGCAGCAGCGUGGCGAGCGAGAAAACGAUACAAAAUGUAAAGAAUACAGAGUUUUUAUGCAUGAAUUUUUAACAAGACAUACAAAUGUCGCAAAUGUCAUUAACGCCGCUACAUCAGGCGCUUAGAAAGGCUUUCCAAUGUAUUGAAAACAACCAAAGAACGUGGCGGACGGUGCUGGACGAGUGCGGUCCGCUGAUGGUUUCACUGGGAAACUUAGCGGAGCAGUUUGUGGCGCUGUCUAAAGUGGAUUUGUACAAAACGCCGCUCAAAGUGUUUCCAGAUCUGGAGGAAAAACUGAGGUUCAAACUUCACCAUGCCACGGACACAGUCAUGGGCAAACUCCACGAGAAGCUCUCGUCUCUUCAGUCUGUGCGGGACUCAAUCAGUUCACAGGUUUCCUCCGUGUUUCAGAUCCAAGAGCAGCUCAGUCAAACUCUGGACAUCUCAGUUUUAACAGAACGAUCAGCCACAGUGCCGUCUGUUGCUGAUAUGAUGCAGUGGCUCCAGGACGCAGACAGACAUUACAGACAACAGUUUGUAAAGAGGAAAUCUCUGCUGUUGACUCUGAGACCAGACGACUUUUCUCAGAUGGAAUCGGCUCCUGACAGAUGGAACUCACUGGAGUCUCCAAACACAGAGCACAGGAUCACUGACAUGCUGUGUAAAGUUUCCUUCUUUACGGAGUCACAGUGAAGACUAUAAAAUGGAGUUAAGGUGGACCCAAAAAACUACUAGACAAAAUGAUCAGAAGAAAUCUAUGGUGUAUGAACUUUAAAAACACAGAGGAGCAUCACUUUAUGACAUCAGCAGGUGGAACAUUUGGAGCAUUUUGAGCUCUUGAAAAGGAGAUGGAGUGGAUAUGUGAGAUUACUCAAACAUAAAUGAAAUAAAAAACUUCAUGUAUAUUUUAAAGUUGUUACUUAAUUUUGUGCACAGUUAAAAUUUAAAUAAAUAAAUGCAUUUUUGUUUCUUU